CCACCACCUAAAACCUCCUUAGAACCCUCCACCGCUUUUCAUCAAUCUGAUUGAGAAUUUUCCGAUCAUUCUCCGAGAAGCUCAACCCCACGGCGAUGGGGUACUUCGACCUGAACGUUCCGUAUUUUGAAUCCGACCGCCAUGUCGCCAACAAGAACACCGCGAAGGCCAUGCGCCUCAAGCUCAUCAUCAAGGCCAUGGAGCUCGGCUACACCGGAGUAGCCUACAACCGCACGAUCAAGGGCGUUAUGUCCGAAUCGGACCGUUGCUCCAUUCCUCUCUUCCCACUCUCAUCCAUCCUCAAGCUCGCUCCUUCUAUCUCCUCCGCCGUCAAGCUCCAUCGCGAACUCCUCAGCGUCCCCGUUUCCGCCCCCUUUCGCCAGUACACUCGCUUGACUGUAAUGGUCGAUAGCCCCGCUCAAGCCUCGGUUCUCAACUUUGGAAACCCUGUUUUAAAGAGCUACGACAUCGUUGCCGUCAAGCCGCUCAAUCAGAAUGCUUUCGACCAUGCUUGCCGGACUUCCGAGGUGGAUAUUAUUACCAUUGAUUUCUCAGAGAAGUUGCUGUUUAGAUUGAAGCAGCCCAUGGUUAAAGCGGCUAUCCAGCGUGGGGUUUAUUUUGAGAUAACUUACUCAAGUCUUCUUAUCGAUGCUCAAGCAAGGAGGCAAAUGAUAUCUAAUGCCAAGCUAUUGGUGGAUUGGUCACGAGGGAAGAAUAUUAUUCUUACAAGUGAUGCUCCUUCUGUAACUGAAUUUAGAGGGCCAUAUGAUGUAGUGAAUUUGGUAUCUCUGCUUGGUCUUUCCUUGGAACAUGCUAAAGCAGCUCUUUCCAAAAAUUGCAGUCUCUGUAUAUAUCGCAGAACUCUUAUAGAAAAUGCUUUGAGGAAAAAGUGCUAUUACAAGGAAACCAUUAAGGUUGAGGCAAUAUCCUCGGCAAGACAGGCCAAUUCCGAUAAGCCUGCAUUUGAUGAUUGGCUUAAAUGGGAUCCCAUCUCAAGCGGUGAGGGUGAUUUGCUAUUAGAUGACAUUGAGAAAUUCUUCUCAGCUCCCAGCAAUGUAUCACAAAAUGUGAAGCCCAUAGAUUUUACCUCUGCUAUGAAUGGUCUCCCUCCACACGGUCUCCAGAUCAGAGAUGUGAUAUCUUCAAGGGAUUUAGAACCAAAGCUUCUGGAUGCUGCUCCUGACAGUGGAGUGCUUGAAUUGCAAUUGGAAAGUCACCUAGCUAAAUCUGAAGAACAAGAUGCCUUGCAAGGUGAUGCAACAAUUUACACUUGCAGAGAGGAUGGCAAAAGCUCUUGCGGUAAUGAAAUGCUUGAAAUAGAAUCAGAAAGUCAGGUAGCUAAUUCUGAAGAACAAAAUACCUUGCCAGAUAGUGCAACAAGUUACACUUCCAUAGUUGAUGCUGAUGUAUCUUUGUACCAUGCUAAUCUCACCUCAGCUGAAAUAUCUGCUCCAUCAGACAAUUCUACCUUAAUUACUUCACACAUUGAAGAUUCUAUGAUACCAGAUAGACUUGACACUGGUCUUCAGGCACAAGGUGUUGCUAUUGAUAAAGCCUUCAUAGAUACAAAGGACCUCUGUGAGAAGGAACCAUGUUUGGUGUCUUAUAAUGUGGGUUCGCACAAUGAGUUAGUUGAGAGAGCAGAAACUAGGGAUUUUUCUGUUAGUUUGGCUGAUGGAUUGCCUGUGAGAAAUUCUAGUAGUCCCAUGAAAGACAAUAAUGAGUGUAAUCCUGCUGAAUGUGAACUAAUGGAAGACGAUGAGCAAGAUCAAAUGGAAACAGGCAGCCAGUCUAGACUAAGAUAUCAAAUCCACAGUGCACCUCUUUCAGGGAGAAAAGGCCGAAAGAAGCUGUUACAUCGCCCUCUUUUGUUUCCUUUCAAAGGGUUGUUGAAUCAUAGACAUUCGAAGAGGAAGGCUCGCAGGUUAGAUCGGGUUUCAAAAACCUAAGGUCUUUCUUUGAUUUAUUAUGAUCAAGUGUAAAAGGUAAUUUUUUGGGGAAGUUUUAAUUAUAUCCACGAUUUACUUCUGUGACUUAAUGUGUAAAGAAAUGGCUUUGAUGGAAGCCCUGCAUUCCACCAAUAUUGGACCUGAGAUACAACCAGUAAGAACUGACAUAAAAAUCACAAUACUCUGCAUAGUUAAUUCAAAAUCUCAAAUUCAAUGGCUGCCCAGAUUAGGAAAUAUCCUGUAUUGUAUCUAUUUAUGCCUCCACACUUGCAAAUUCACUUCAAUGUGUAAAUCAGCUGAACAUAAAGGGCAAGAUAAGGGGUGGAGUUUUUCCCCCUAUUUGAAUCUUUGUGAUCAUUCUGGAGGGCUGGUGAAAGACAGUUAGACAGUAUGGUAUGCAAGGAAAACAUGAAGAAGGCCAAUCAUCAAUUGCACACCUCUCAAAUACCCUCAAUUCUACAUUGUCUUGACAGCCCUCAAGUGCUUGAAGGAAUUGUCUCACUUGUGUUGCUCAGCAGUACUGAGGGCCGAUCAGCGGCCAACGCCAUCAGUUUUGAUUUAUCUGUUCAAUGUUUAUAAUUUGGUUUCUCUGUUGUGUUUAUCUAAGCAGUGUUGAGUUAUCAUAACAGCAUGUAGAAUCAUAGAACAGAACAGAAGCUGGUCAGUAUCUUGUAGUGGAUGAAUUUGUACACUGUUGAAUGUUCAUCAAUGGAUUUGGAUUUAUGUUUUAAGUUUUUGAUCUCAAAUCAUAUCAAUUAAGCAGAUUCUCUAA